UUAAACAAAGAAUCUAAACUGAAUUCUGAAUUUUCCACUUCCAUACCUAUCUCUUUCUGUUUUCUUUCUCUCCAUUUCAAGCACUCUUUACAGAAAAUCCCAAAGGAAUUGAAGUUUAAAAGCAUUCACUAGUAUCAACCAUCCUUAUAUUUUCCUUCACUACAGAAUCUCUAACCAAACCAUCAAUUCUUCUAACUGAUCAUAUUCCAAAAAAUGAAAGGCAUUGAAAUCUUCUGUGCAUCACAAGCCUCAACAGCCAUAUGUCUUAAUACUAAUCAUGCUUCUUCUUCUUCUUCUUCCAACACCAUUAAUCACUUUGGUGGUAGAGCCAUUGAUCGCCACAACCCCAUCAUCACAGAUCCAAAAAGAACUCCAGCAAGAGAUCUCACUGUCACUGCUCCUAGUUCACCUUCUCCUUUACCCAUCAACCCUAAACAUGUCCAUGAAAAGGCCAAGAAAAACACUACUUCAAAGCUUAGCGAUAAGAAAAAGAAAAAUGCAACAAAGAGUACUCAUGAUCAGAAGAAGAAAAGUACUACUACAACAGAAAAAGUGACUGAACAUAUUGCAAACAAUUACUCUUCAAAACCGGUUGAUAGUAUUUUAAGAAGGAGUUGGGUUAAGCCAGCUUCUGAUUUAAUCACUCCUCCUACUUCAUCAAGAUAUUUGCUUGGUGACACAGUUUCUUUGGAUGGUGUAUUAGAUUAUGAACCUGUUUUGGGUUUAACUAAGGUUGAUGAUAACAAAAAGAAUGCUCAAGUGCUUCAUGAAGAUGAAGAUAAACAUUCAUCUAAACAGUAUUCAAGCUCCUCUGUUCCAAAGUCUAGUUCUACAAACCAGGUUGUGGUGUUGAGGGUUUCUCUGCAUUGUAAAGGUUGUGAAGGGAAGGUCAGGAAACAUCUCUCCAGAAUGCAAGGGGUUACGUCCUUCAACAUAGACUUUGCAGCCAAGAAGGUUACAGUAGUUGGUGAUGUAACUCCAUUGAGCGUAAUGGCAAGCAUAUCAAAGGUGAAGACUGCACAAAUUUGGCCAGAAUCUGCUACUGCUGAAGCAAAGAAAACAAAUACGAUAUAAUAGACUGUUGAUGAUUUUGUAUGCUUUGAGUCUGAAUUGAAUUAGUGUAAAUGCGAAUGUGUAGCUUUUGAUGAGAUUUUAUAGUUUUAAUUGGUAGAAACUUUAUCUUUGAAUAAGGAUUGGCCUAAUUUCUCCCAAGAGAAAAUUUACAUUGUAUAAAUGAUGUGACAAAAUUAAAGGCAGCUAUUUUUAUUCGAAAGCAAUGUCAUUUCUCACCA